AUGCAACAAACACCCCUUCCAAUCUAUUUUUAUGGACAAAACAUUCUACCGACCAUUCACGUGCUGGAUUUGGCAAAUGUGAUCCAAAACAUCUCAGACAAUCCACCCAAACAACGUUAUAUCGUGGUCAAAGAUGAUGGAGCAAACACAUUGGCCGAAAUAGUCCAAGCGAUUUCGUCCAGUCUGUCUACAGGGGAGGUCCUUGUACUCGACACACCAGAGCUGGUGGACGCCGAAGAAGUGCCGCAAUCCACCGUGGAGAAUUUGACCAUGGAUUUGCGUAUUGACGCUGCAACAAUCAAAGAAGAGAUGCAAGUUCGAUGGCUCUGUGAGACAGGGAUCGUGGAUAACAUGCCACGUGUUGUUUCAGAGUUUAUAGAAGCACACAACCUGAAGGUAAGUGACCAUUAA